AUACUAGGUGCGUUCUAGAAGGCUGAGUCGUAGAAUUCGUUCAAGUGGCUGAGUCAUGAUUACAUCACAGAAUUCGAAGAUCUCACGCGCGCUAAUCAUGUGAACACCUACUUAGUAAGAGAGAAGAAUGGAUGGUAAGGGAGAGGUCGUUGAAGCCCAGAAGCCCGUGAUUUUACAACAGCCACUCGCUCAGCAGCCUUAUUACCCUCAAACCCAACAGCCACUCGGUCAGCAGCCUUAUUACCCUCAAACCCAACAGCCACUUGCCUAUCCAAGCGGUCAACAGCCUCCGAUGAUGCAACAAGCUCCUCCGGGCGCGCGUCCGCCCAUCUCUCUCAUGCCUCCGCCGCUUGCAAUCGAGGGCAUUCCGCCGGGUCUCGAGUAUCUCGCGCAAGUCGACCAGCUCCUCAUCCACCAACUCGUAGAAAUCUUGGAAAUGCUGACGGGUUUCGAGACGGAGAAUAAGUAUGUUAUUAAGAACACGAUGGGACAGCAGGUCUACUUCGCAGCGGAGAAGAGUGACUGCUGUGAGCGACAGUGCUGUGGUGCGAAGAGGUCAUUCUCGAUGUCGAUUGUUGACAACUUUCAUCGUGAGGUGAUACACUUGGAGAGGCCAUUUCAUUGUGGAGGAUGCUGCUGUCCGUGUGAUCUCAACGUGCUGGAAGUGCAGGCUCCACCGGGAAAUGUCAUCGGCUAUGUGAAGGAAAAAUGGACUUGCUGGUAUCCUGAAUACCACUUGACUGAUGCACAGCAUGUCAAGCAGCUCUUCAUCCAAGGACCUUGCUGCUACUGCAAGUGUUGUCAAGACGUUCAUUUCCAGAUCUUGAACGACCAGAAUGGCACUCAAAUUGGCACUCUAACCAACCAGUGGGGCGGCUGUUUGAAGGAAGCGUACACGGAUGCUGACAACUUCACUCUGAACUUUCCUAUGGACAUGCCGUGGCAAAUGAAGGCUGUUCUCUUGUCUGCUGCUUUUCUCAUUGACUUCAUGUACUACGAGCAGCAGCAGAACAAUCGAAACCGUUGAUUAUCGUUUGCUGCACAACGUUUGCAAUUAACUCUGUAGUUUAUAAAGGAACACGCGCGCGUGCGUUGCUGCAUCUUUGUGUAUUGUUUUCUGCUAUUGCUGAUGAUGGGCAUAUGAGCUUUUUGUCCAUAUUGAUGUAUUACUUUGAAUCAUCUAAUGUGUAUGGUCUCUUCCAACAGAAA